GGGUGUAAACAUAGUAAACCGAAGAAUGUUCAUUACAUCAUCUUCACCCGACUCAACGUUGCAGAGCCUUUUGAGUUACAUCAUCUUCGCCGUCGACGACGAUGAGCCGAUCACGCGGUAUCUUAUCGAUUCUCAGGAAGGUCCAUAGGCCAUCGUCUCUUAAACGUCUAUGUACAAACUCUUUCACCUCCUCGUCUUCGUCAAGCUUAGGACUCCGAGCCACGAACAAGGAGCUAAACCAGAUGAUAAGAUCGGGCUACAUCACCGAAGCCAGAAAGAUAUUCGAGAACCUGGAGACGAGGAACACGGUGACGUGGAACACGAUGAUAAGCGGGUACGCGAAACGGAGGGAAAUGACCCACGCGCGGAAGCUGUUCGACGAAAUGCCCGAGAGAGACGUGGUGACGUGGAACGCGAUGAUAAGCGGUUACGUUUCUUGCGGGUUUCUUGAGGAAGCGAGGAAGCUGUUCGACGAAAUGCUUAAAAGAGAUUCCUUUACUUGGAACACGAUGAUAAGCGGUUACGCUAAGAGUGGAAAGAUUGGUGAAGCUUUGGUGUUGUUCGAGAGGAUGCCUGUGAGAAACGCUGUUUCUUGGAGCGCUAUGAUCACUGGGUUUUGCCAUAGCGGUGAGACGAGUCGUGGGGUUGAGUUGUUUCUGAGGAUGCCUGAGAAGGAUUCUGCUUGUUUGUGCGCGCUUGUGUCUGGUUUGAUUAAGAACGAGAGGAUGGAGGAAGCUGCAAGGGUUUUGACUCGGUACGGUGGUGUAGAGUCCGGGAAGGAGGAUUUGGUGUUUGCUUACAACACUUUGGUUGUUGGGUAUGGACAGAGAGGGCAAGUGGAAGCAGCUCGGGGUGUGUUUGAUCAGAUUCCUGAUAUGUUUAGGAACUUCGUGUCGUGGAACUCGAUGAUCAAAGCGUAUUUGAAAGCGGGUGAUGUGGUCUCCGCGCGGCUGCUGUUUGAUCAGAUGAGGGAGAGAGAUACGAUUUCUUGGAACACGAUGAUCGAUGGGUAUGUGCACGUGUUUAAGAUGGAUGAGGCUUUGUGUCUGUUCUCGGAGAUGCCGAACAGAGAUACGCAUUCUUGGAACAUGAUGGUCGCUGGUUUCGCUAGCGUUGGCGAUGUGGAGCUAGCUCGUGAUUACUUUGAGAGAAUGCCUGAGAAAAACAUAGUCUCGUGGAACUCGAUAAUAGCAGCUUACGAGAAGAGCAAGGACUAUAGAGAAGCUGUUGAUGUGUUUAUCCGGAUGAACAUUGAAGGAGAGAAGCCUGACCCUCAUACUCUGACAUCUCUCCUCAGUGUAUCUACAGGGCUUGUGAAUCUGCGGUUAGGAAUGCAGAUGCACCAAAUAGUCCUCAAGAGUGUGAUCCCUGACGUGCCAGUUUACAAUACUCUCAUCACUAUGUAUUCUAGAUGCGGAGAUAUAACGGAUUCGAGGAGGAUCUUUGAUGAAAUGAGAGUUAAAAGAGAAGUGAUCACAUGGAAUGCGAUGAUAGGAGGGUAUGCUUUUCAUGGUAAUGCGUCAGAGGCUUUGAAUCUGUUCUGGUCAAUGAAAAGAAACGGGAUACAUCCUUCUCAUAUAACAUUCGUCUCGGUUCUAAACGCUUGUGCUCACGCGGGGCUCGUUGAUGAGGCGAGAGCACAGUUUACGUCCAUGGUGAGUGAGUACAAGAUCCAGCCGCAGAUGGAACAUUAUUCUUCGCUGGUCGAUGUAAUUAGUAGACAAGGGCAGUUUGGGGAGGCCAUGGAUGUGAUAAAGAGUAUGCCUUUUGAGCCGGACAAGACGGUUUGGGGUGCAGUGUUGGAUGCUUGUAGGAUUUAUAACAAUGUCGGGCUUGCACAUGCUGCAGCUGAAGCAAUGUCGAGACUUGAACCAGAGAGCUCGACACCUUAUGUACUGUUGUAUAACAUGUAUGCUGACAUGGGACUAUGGGACGAAGCUUCUCAAGUGAGGAUGAAGAUGGAGAGUAAAAGAAUUAAGAAGGAAAGAGCAGCAAGUUGGGUUUGACUCUUCAGUAUAAAAGAACAAAAACAUGUAAAUGACUUUGUGGUGAAGGUGAAACAAAUCAUGGAGACUGGUUUCAGUGUUUCAAUGUUAUUGGAGCUGGAAGAAGAGGCCUAUGGAGAAUUAAACCAGAAAACAGGUCCCUUAGAGAAGCAUAAAACUCCUUCUCUACACCCAGAGAACAGGGGACGAAGUGUAUGAUUAUCAAGAAUUAAGAAACCGUAUCAAAUUCUCUAUCUUUGUAGGUACUCAUAGGUUCCCAAACGGCGUUGUUGAGGCUGUGGAAGAGUCACCUUCUGAAUGACCCAUGAUUCUUGUUCGUUUUUUUUUGGCAGCCAUUCAAAUUAUUCGUGCCUUCUUACAUAAUCUAUAUAGUUUCUGCUU